AUGGUCACACCUUAUCUGAUUAUGACAUCCAAAAAGAAUCUACACUUCAUCUUGUGCUCAGAUUAUGUGGCAGCAUGUUUCAAAAAACCAGUAGUCACCAAAAUUUCAAUGAAUUACCAUCAUUCACACAAUCCGAACAAACUUCUGGAGAUAAUCAAUCCAUACAAACUUCUGAAGAUAAUCAAUCAGAACAAACUUUUGAAGAUAAUCUGCCUGAACAAACUUCUAAAGAAAAUCAAUCAGAACAAACUCUUGAAGAUAAACAAUAUUAUAAGGUUGGAACUGAUUCUACAUAUGGCAAAGAUUGGAUGGAUGUCACUGACUGGAUGCAGCAUAAUUUGGUUAAUGAAUUUGAUUAUUCAGAUGAGACUGUACAAAUAUUAAGGAAUGCCGGCAUCCGAUUGUCCAAUAAUUCUCUCCUAGAAUCAUCUCAAGAUAAUUACUCAAUUUCCUUGAGAUCACUUUGUCAAUCAAGACGUCCUCUCGUUCUUUUUGAUGAAGUACAUGCUAAUUAUAUUUGGCUCAUUGGCAAUGUCAUGUCUGUUAAAGAGAAUCUCACAAUAGAAGAUCGCUUAACAGCAACCCAAUUGGAAAUUUAUGUGUUGGUAGAUAUGAUCUUAAACUUAUAUGCUCCAUGGCCAUUCCGCUUUUUUGUUGUUGUAGAUGGUAUUUUGAAACUUGUUGAGAUGUCCAAAGAAGCACAAUAUUAUACAACAGAUCUGGUUAAAUGUUUAGAUAGUCUUUUGAAUGAAAAUAAAUAG